AUGGCGUCAGCAAAGACCGCCUUCUCUCGAGCGUUCCGCUUCCAAUCGAAUCAACAUCUCAUUCCACGGUCGAUAUACCGUCCAAACAUCCGACAUCUCCACGCAUCCCGCCAUCUAGACAUCGUCAAACCCUUCCUCCUAGCAGACAUAGGCGAAGGGAUCACCGAAUGCCAGCUAAUUCAAUGGUUCGUGCAACCGGGCGCAAGGGUCGAGCAGUUCGACAAGAUAUGCGAGGUCCAGUCCGACAAGGCCUCGGUGGAGAUCACCAGUCCGUUCGACGGGGUGAUAAAGAAGCUGCAUUAUGACCCGGAUGAUAUGGCGAUUACGGGCAAGCCGUUGGUGGAUAUUGAUAUUGAGGGGGAGAUUAGUGAGGCGGAUGCGCAGAAGUUGGCUGAUGGUGGGGAGGAGGGGUCGUCUGAAGGUGGGAAGGAGGGAGGGGAAGAGCCGGAUGCGAAGGAGGGGGUUGCUCAAGAGCAGGUGGAGCAGAAUUCGACGGCAGAGGAUCCUGCAAGACCGCCUCCGCCUUCUUCAAGUACAACGGAGGCUCAGCGGCCGAAGGGCCCGCACGCAUCGCUUGCGACGCCUGCUGUUCGACGGAUAACCAAGGAGCAUGGACUGAACGUCGCAGACAUACAGGGGACUGGAAAGGAUGGAAGAGUGCUGAAGGAGGACGUUGAUCGGCAUGUGGCUGGGGGAGGACAGCAGCAGACACAAACAUCAAAGCAACCAACCGCACCCUCAGCACCUGCCCCAGCGCCGUCCGCUCCAAGAGAAGACCGCAAGGUCCAGCUGUCGAACGUGCAGUCGCAGAUGUUCAAGACCAUGACCAAGGCGUUGAACAUCCCGCAUUUCCUGUACUCGACAACAGCAGACAUGGGAGCAGUGACCAGCAUACGUCAGAAGCUGAACGCAAGAGCACAGAGCCCGGACCAGAAGAUCACACAUUUGGCCUUCAUUAUGAAAGCCGUCAGUCUGGCGUUACAACACCACCCAUUGCUCAAUUCGAGCUUCAACGCCAGCGAUCCGAAGAAACCCGAGCUCACCUACAAAGGAGCGCACAACUUCGGCAUAGCCAUUGACGCGCCUUCUGGCCUUCUGGUACCUGUUGUCAAGAACGUACAAGAUCUCAGCAUCGCAGAAAUCGCAGCGGCCAUGCGACAGCUCUCCGAGAAAGCCAGGAACAACAAGCUUGCACCAGGUGACUUCAGCGGUGCCACUUUCACCGUCUCGAACAUCGGCUCUGUUGGAGGAGGCGUGGUCGCACCAGUCAUAUCCGAGCCUCAAGUGGCCAUCUUGGGCGUCGGACGGAGCAAGAUCGUUCCAGCGUUCAACGAGAACGACGAAUUGAUCAAGAAGGAGGAGCUGGUGUUUAGCUGGAGCGCCGACCACCGCAUUGUCGAUGGCGCAGAGUGUGCGAGAUGUGCUGAGAAGGUGAAGGGCUAUCUUGAAGAUCCUGGAUCGCUGUUGCCGUCAGUACGCGAAACGCGACGUUCCCCGACAGCGACAGCGAUAUCGCUGCACGCCCUGUCUGUCAGUUCCAGACCUUCAGUUCGGCCUAGCAGAUUCUCACGCGGCUCAGUCGAGGAAGUUUUUGGUCGCAGGCUGAAGAUGCCGACUUCGGAAGGGCAGAGCGAAAGUGCCCCACCAAAAUACCAAUCCCAGAAGGCCGAAGAUAGCCGCCAGCAUUGA